AUGUCCACAUGCUCCGAGUCUUCGCCUGCGGAAUGUGAUGGGGUGGACACGCUGUCGUCGAAGGAGAAUAAUACAUAUACCGAACUUGGGCGAAUCGGAGGCGACACGACUGAUCCUUUUUGCUUUACUCCUCUUGUGUUGCCUGCUCCUGGCGCAGUGCGGACUGAGAUGCCUGUGCAGGUUGUGCCGAGCGGUGGGAGAUGUCACAAAGCUGCGGUGUGUUUGAAGUUUAUCGUUGUUGGGGGGAGUAUUGGAGGUCUUGCGACGGCUUAUACGCUGAGAAAAGCGGGUCAUGAUGUUUUGGUCAUUGAGAAAAGUGAAGCUUUGGUGAAGAGUCAAGGCGGACUUCGAUCACCACCCAACAUGACGCGAAUUCUCAACCAAUGGGGUCUUGGACCUGCCUUGGACCAAAUGGCUAACAAAUGUGAUACAUUUACCCUCCUUAAUGGUGGCUCAGGUGAACUUAUUGGGAAUAUGACGAUGAAUGAAUCGUUCCUUUCAAAUCUUCUUGCGGAUUUUCUUUUUAUUCAACAUAGCGAUCUUCAAUCACUGCUUUACGAUCUUGCGGUCCAGGAGGGAGUUACGUUCAGAUUCAACACCAAAGUGAUAGGAGCAGACUCGGAAACGGUGUCCGUAUCGCUGGAAAGUGGGGAAACCUUAUCUGCGGACGUCGUGGUCGGCGCGGACGGAUACGAUAGUCUUGUCCGGGGAGUGGUCACUGGCAAGAAGGACGAAGGAAAGGGAGAAAGGCACUUGAUCGCAACGUGCACUAUCCCUGCGAGCCUACUGGAAGCGGAUGACGAUCUCCGACAUUUGAGGAGUUCAACAGUCUGGUCGUUAUGGCUGGGCGAUGGGUACGCUUUUCAUGGGAACCUCACGGCAGGGGGUCAAGAUUUUACCAUGGCGGUUAUAUAUCAUUAUGAUCUUCCUAUAAGGGAAGGGGACGAAGAGUGGCAACACACAUGUCCAAUCGAUCGAUAUAAAUUGGACAUUACCAAGUUCGAGCCAAGAUCCCAAAAGUUGCUGAAAUUGGCUCGGACGGUCUCGUCUCGAAUAUUUACGAUUCGAUCGCCUGUGGAAGGUGUGGUGUGUGGACGGGCUCGGAUUGUGCUUGUGGGUGAAGCGGCGCAUCCGUUACCGCCAGGAGGGCACCAUAGCACAGGACUAUCCAUCGAAGACGCGCAAACACUAGGUUGUCUCUUCGGGCGGAUCCGACAUCGAAGUCAAGUCCCCCAGCUGCUUGGCGCAUACGAGGACAUCCGACAGGCGCGGUGUUCGGCCACGCACAUCUGGGAACGGGAGCACCAGCAAAUGCUCAUGUGCCCCGCGGGACCACACCAAGAUGAGCGAGACAAGAUGCUUCGAAAGGUGAUGGAGUAUGGGGAUUGGCGGCAGAUGGAUGAAACGACGUUCAAGGCUGUGUGGGGGAACGAGCUGACGCUGUACGCGCACGAUGCGACUGAACAGGUGGAUGAUUGGUGGUCGCAGUGGGGAAAGAUAUUUGAGAGGGGGUUAUAUUGUGAUACCCCUGCGAACUUGGAGGUGUCGAUAUCUAAGGAUGAUGAGAGCAAGUUGUUGUAA